CCCAUGGAAAAAGAAGUUACUCCAGGCUGACUGAAAGGGUGGUUCAUGCUCUGAAUCAUUAAUGAUCAACCAAAAAUUUGUAUAUAUAACAGCUGGCUCUCAAAUCCUGGCCAUGGUAGUCACUUUGGCCAGUAGGUUGAAUGUAGGUAUCAUUGGCCAUGUCUACACGGUGGACUGCAUAGUUGUUACUGUGCAGUCAUUUAGUACUUGCUUUUGCAAAUACUGUACUAAAUAACUGUGUAGUAACCAGUGUUACUGCAUAGUACCAUCACUGCAUGGGUUUUUUCCGAUGUUACUGUGCCGUAGCUGCUUACUACUGAGCAAUAUCACCACCACAAGGUUAGUGCCUGGCAACGUUACUACACACUAGCAACUAGCUACUGCAUAGUAGCUCAUUGCUACUGUGCAGUAGCGUCUUGUAUAGAUGUGCCCAUUCAGUACAUUAUUUUUAAUGGUUAAAGUUCAGGGUGGGCAAUGCCAGUGGAGUUUGAGGUUUUAUAAACCUCUUGAGCGAUUUUGAGAGUAUUACGAAGUUCAGAAAUUAGCUUGAGUUUCCACUCUUAUAAAGAUACCAUCAUGUCAUGGCACUAGCAUCCCAGUUAUAAUGUACAUGUGAUACAGGAUGUAGCUGACUCCUUGUUUUGCAGCAUGAGUUCAAAGGGAGUCACUUGUUUCCCUUGCUCCUCUGUUAUAUGCUGAUAUGAUAUGUCGGCCUGUACUUUGCUUAUUUAUGGGACAUCAUAUAGAAAGAGCAGAGGUUAAUCACAUUUGUUCCCUUAGGCUCUGACCUGUGCUGGGAGACUGGGCCCAGGAUCUGGAGACCCCAAAGGGUAAUACUGUACUUUCCCUGCUCAGCAGGAGAAAACCAUUGAGAAGUUUGAGGAGGAUUUUUUGGAAACAAGAGAGCAGUAUCUCAAGUUAAUUCAAGAUGGACACCUCCUGUUUGAUCAAGUUCCACUGGUGGAGAUUGAUGGGAUGAAGAUGGUGCAGACUAAAGCUAUUCUCAGCUACAUAGCAGGGAAGCACAACCUCUAUGGGAAGGGCCUGAAGGAGCGAGCCUUCAUUGACACAUAUGUGGAAGGAACAACAGACCUCAUGCAAAUGAUCUUAACACUUCCUUUCUCUCCACCUGAGGCAAAAAAAAAGAAUCUUCCCUUAAUCAUUGAGAAAGCCAAAAACCGAUACUUCCCAGCCUAUGAAAAGGCUUUGAAACAGCAUGGCCAGGGGUUUCUUGUUGGUAACCAGCUCAGCUGGGCAGAUGUACACCUGCUUGAAGCUAUUCUAAUGGUAGAAGAGAAAGAGCCCACUGUGCUUUCUGAGUUUCCUCUGUUACAGGGUUUUAAAACAAGAAUAAGCAACAUGCCAACAAUUAAGAAAUUCCUGCAGCCUGGAAGUCAGAGGAAACCCCAGCCUGAUGACAAAUAUGUGGCAACUGUGAUGAAAAUUUUAAAGGAAGGCUAAAUGCCAAGUUCUACCCUCGGGGAACAUUUAGAAGUGGAUAGGUGGCUUACCACUGACGUUAAAAAUAAUUGCAACCCAGUGAUCCAAAACCUUCUGAUUAAUCUUUGUAUUCUGAUUCCAGUUUGUUUUAAUACAUGUUAAGUUCCUGAUAAAAUGUUGAAAUAAAAGAUUGGU